AUGGCAACAAUCUAUAAAUUUAGUUUAGUAAACAAAAAGUCAAAGAAAAUCCAAAAGCCAAGUCAAAGUAAAGAAUCUCCAAUUGGCUGUAUACAAACUGAGUUUAAAAAAAAUCAAUUUUGGGUGCGGGGAACAAACUUUCAUUUAGUAUUAGUACGUGAGGCUUGUCGCUUAACGGCUCUCAAAAUCGUGAUACGUUCAGGAAUAUUUUUUCUUAAAAAUAAUAAUAAAACGAUAUAUGAUAAUGAAGAUGUCAUUCCAAGCUCGUAUAUUCCUUUAAGUAAUAAUAAAAGAUCAAGCGGCUCUAAAGGUAUUUCAAAGCUUGAUGUAUCAUAA